GGCAGCAGCGAGCGGCCGCGCCCCCCGCGCAGCCACGCCGCGAGCCCGCAUCAUGGAUGUCGAGCUCUCCUAUUUCGCUUCGCUCGCCUUGGAAUUCGAGACCCCAGAAGAGGACCAGGAUUCAUGAGCCGGUCGCAGGGGCCCGGACUGGGGCCUCUGGCUCCCGACACUGGCCGAGAGGUGAUGAGUGAGGUCGGAAGAUCUGAAGAUUUAAAAAGCAACGGGAGCCUACGUAUUGAAUGAAAGACCCAGUGCGAAGGCAUCACCAUGAACACGAGCAUUCCUUAUCAGCAGAAUCCUUACAAUCCCCGAGGCAGCUCCAAUGUCAUCCAGUGCUACCGAUGCGGAGACACCUGCAAAGGGGAGGUGGUUCGUGUCCACAAUAACCACUUCCACAUCAGAUGCUUCACCUGUCAAGUGUGUGGCUGUGGCCUGGCCCAGUCGGGCUUCUUCUUCAAGAACCAGGAGUACAUCUGCACGCAGGAUUACCAGCAGCUUUAUGGCACCCGCUGUGACAGCUGCCGGGACUUCAUCACGGGCGAGGUCAUCUCUGCACUGGGGCGCACCUACCACCCCAAGUGCUUUGUGUGCAGCUUGUGCAGGAAGCCUUUCCCCAUUGGAGACAAGGUGACCUUCAGUGGGAAGGAAUGCUUGUGUCAGACGUGCUCCCAGUCCAUGACCAGCAGUAAACCCAUCAAGAUCCGUGGACCGAGCCACUGUGCCGGGUGCAAGGAGGAGAUCAAGCAUGGCCAGUCGCUCCUGGCGCUGGACAAGCAGUGGCACGUCAGCUGCUUCAAAUGCCAGACCUGCAGCGUCAUCCUCACCGGGGAAUACAUCAGCAAGGACGGCGUUCCAUACUGCGAGUCUGACUACCACUCCCAGUUUGGCAUUAAAUGUGAGACUUGUGACCGGUACAUCAGCGGCAGGGUCUUAGAGGCAGGAGGGAAGCACUACCACCCAACCUGUGCCAGAUGUGUACGCUGCCACCAGAUGUUCACUGAAGGGGAGGAGAUGUACCUCACAGGUUCUGAGGUUUGGCACCCCAUCUGCAAACAGGCAGCCCGGGCAGAGAAGAAGUUAAAGCACAGGCGGACGUCUGAAACUUCCAUCUCACCCCCUGGCUCUAGCAUCGGGUCACCCAACCGAGUCAUCUGCGCUAAAGUGGAUAAUGAGAUCCUUAAUUACAAAGACCUGGCAGCUCUCCCCAAGGUUAAGUCCAUCUACGAGGUACAACGCCCCGACCUCAUUUCCUAUGAGCCUCAUUCCCGAUACACGUCUGACGAGAUGCUGGAGAGAUGUGGCUAUGGAGAGUCGCUGGGAACCUUAUCUCCCUACUCCCAGGACAUCUAUGAGAACCUGGACCUCCGGCAGAGACGGGCCUCCAGCCCAGGAUACAUCGACUCCCCCACCUACGGCCGGCAGGGCAUGUCCCCCACCUUCUCCCGGUCUCCUCACCACUACUACCGGUCUGGGCCCGAGAGUGGCCGGAGCUCUCCGUACCAUAGCCAGUUAGAUGUGAGGUCCUCCACUCCGACCUCUUACCAGGCUCCCAAGCACUUUCACAUCCCAGCUGGAGAAAGUAACAUCUACCGGAAACCUCCGAUCUACAAACGGCAUGGGGAUUUGUCGACGGCAACUAAGAGCAAAACAAGUGAAGACAUCAGCCAGGCCUCCAAGUACAGUCCAGCCUACUCGCCAGACCCCUACUAUGCUGCGGAGUCUGAGUACUGGACCUACCAUGGGUCCCCCAAAGUGCCCCGAGCCAGAAGGUUCUCAUCUGGAGGAGAGGAGGACGAUUUUGACCGCAGCAUGCACAAGCUCCAGAGCGGAAUUGGCCGGCUAAUUCUGAAGGAAGAGAUGAAGGCCCGGUCUAGCUCCUACGCGGAUCCCUGGACCCCGCCCCGGAGCUCCACCAGCAGCCGGGAGGCCCUGCACACAGCUGGCUACGAGAUGUCCCUCAAUGGCUCCCCUCGGUCCCACUACCUGGCUGACAGCGAUCCCCUCCUCUCCAAAUCUGCCUCCCUGCCUGCCUACAGAAGAAAUGGGCUGCACAGGACACCCAGCGCUGACUUGUUCCACUAUGACAGCAUGAACGCCGUCAACUGGGGCAUGCGAGAGUACAAGAUCUACCCUUAUGAACUGCUGCUGGUGACCACAAGAGGAAGAAACCGACUGCCCAAGGAUGUGGACCGGACACGUCUAGAGCGCCACCUGUCCCAGGAAGAGUUCUACCAAGUCUUCGGUAUGACCAUCUCUGAGUUUGACCGGCUGGCCCUCUGGAAGAGGAAUGAACUAAAGAAGCAAGCCCGGCUGUUCUAGGCGGAGGCUCUAUAAAUACAUACGCAUUUAUAUAAAGAUAUAUGUAAAAAUCUCUAUCCUGAAGCUCGGUAUAAUCCUCUCCUGUGUAACGGGACUCACUGCCUGCCAUGAGACUUGCUUUCUGUACCGUCAGGCAAGCCCACAUCAUCAAGAUAUUUUUAUGCUC